UUUCUAAUUCUUUUCUGAGCUUCGCUUUCUUUCUCUCAAUUUUCACUCCCCCAGAAAAAAAAUUUAUCAUGGAGGAAAAUCACGCUUCAGCUCUCGAAUCGAUCGCCAAUGGAGACCACCACGACGCCGGCGAGUACAAUUCCCAUAGCAGCAGUAACAACAACGACCAUGGAUGGCAGAAGGUGACCUAUCAAAAGCGCCAGAGGAAGAACAAGGCCGCAGAAUCCAUCAACAAUCAGAAUAGGCUCGUCCCCGGCGCUGUGAUCUCCGGCGGAGACAGCGUUUUCCGGGGUGUGGAGAAGGCGGCGGAGGAGAGAGUUCGGCGCCGGCAGGAAGCUCAGAGGGCGGCGGCGGCGGCCAAUGCCGACGCCAUCGGCGUUGUUCCGGCGAGAUCGAAGCACCGGUCGGACGACGAGUACGGCGAGGACAGCGAUGACGAGGCCGUGCCGCAGAACGCCAAGGAGGCAGGGGAGGAGAAGAAGUCGAAGCCGAAGAAACCGAAGAAGCCUAAGGUCACCGUGGCCGAGGCGGCGGCGAAGAUCGACGUGAACGCUCUCACGGCGGAGCUGAUCCAGCUUCCGCAAUUCGAGGAACAUAUACAGGUGAUGAAGCUGGCGGACUUUUUCGGCCGGGCAUUCUCUGCAGUGACUUCCGCCCAGUUUCCAUGGGUCAAGAUGUUCAAGGAGUCGACUGUGGCGAAGAUUGCCGAUAUCCCCAUUUCCCACAUACCUGAGGAUAUUUAUAAGACAUCAAUUGACUGGAUCAGCCAGCGUUCCAUUCAGUCCCUUGGAUCCUUCAUUUUAGAGUCUUUGGACAAAAUUCUUGCAGAUCUAGCAAGCCAGAGAGUCGGUGGAAAGGGUGCCAAGAAGGGUGUGCAGCAAGCAUCAUCCAAGUCUCAGGUUGCAGUAUUUACUGUUGUAGCAAUGGUGUUGCGAAGAAAACCUGAUGUCUUGAUCAGUAUAUUGCCGACAUUGAGGGAAAAUUCAAAGUAUCAAGGACAAGACAAUCUUCCAGUAAUUGUAUGGAUGAUAGUUCAGGCUAGUCAAGGAGACCUGGCUGUGGGGUUGUAUGCAUGGGCACGCAAUGUAUUGCCUCUAGUUUGUGGCAAAAACAGUAAUCCGCAGUCCCGUGAUCUUGUUCUGCAGCUAGUUGAGAGAAUUCUGUCUAUGCCAAAGGCUCGUACCAUUUUAGUAAAUGGUGCCGUGAGGAAGGGGGAGCGUUUGGUGCCACCUUCUGCAUUGGAGAUACUUAUAGGAGUCACCUUUCCUGCACCUUCAGCUAGAGUCAAGGCUACUGAAAGGUUCGAGGCUGUAUAUCCGACCCUAAAGGACGUGGCUCUUGCUGGCUCACAAGGAAGCAAAGCGAUGAAACAAGUUUCACAGCAAAUAUUGAGUUUUGCUGUUAAAGCUGCCGGAGAAGCAAGUACACCUGAGUUAUCCAAUGAAGCAGCUGGAAUUUUCAUUUGGUGUUUGACCCAAAGUGCUGAAUGUUUCAGGCAGUGGGACAAGGUUUAUGAAGGAAACCUAAGAGCAAGUGUCACUGUUCUGAAAAAGCUUUCUGAUCAGUGGAAAGAGCAUGCUGCAAAAAUCUCUCCUCUUGAUCCUAUGAGGGAAACCCUCAAAAGUUUUAGGCACAAGAAUGAGAAGGCAUUGGAGGGUGAGGCAGAAUCUGCAGAGCAAGAGCGACUUGUCAAGGAUGCAGACAAGUAUUGUAAGACGUUACUGGGAAAGCUAUCACGCGGCAGUGGGUGCAAGAAAAGUGUGGCAUUUAUUGUCCUUGCUUUGGCCGUUGGUGCAGCUGUGGUGUCCCCAAACAUGGAGUCUUGGGAUUGGAACAAACUAACAGUGUUUUUCAGCUCUGAAAACCCAUUUCUUUGAGCUGGGUGAGUGAAGCAACUAGCAGCUGGUGGUGCAAAGCAUCAACUCGUUUUUUCUUACAAUAUCGAGCACGAGAAGGAAAGCGAUCUAAUUUACUUCAGAAUAAGGCGGUGAAAAAUAGAAGUUCUCUUUAUACUUUUGUCCUAAUGGGACACGGAACUAGAAUUAGUUGAAGGUCAAUACUUGGUUGAAGGUUUAAUUUGGUUUGAGCCAUUUUGGGCUUUUUCGUUCUUUCAUGUAACUUUUUGUGUUUAUUUAGAUCUCUUUUUAAAGUUUGUUCACAUCUAACAUUUACAGUACUAGCAGAAUAUGUUUAUGAGAAGAGGUAUGAAUACGUAUGUAUUCCCAGAUUAGUGUUUCAAUCCAAAGGAAUUUUGAUGAUA